AUGGCGUCAUCCGACUCCUCGGUCGAUCUAGCGACCAUUGACGCCCUCGAGCUGCUCGGCGACAACUUGGCCGCCAACUGGCACUCCUAUGCUCACUCCGUCGAGGUGUUGCUCUCCUCGGUCAUCGUCAGUGGUUAUACACUCCGCUCCGUCGUGUUCCAGGAGGAAGGCGGACUCCAGCCCAUCGCCCCUUCUGCCCCCACCGGACCUCCUCCUGAUGAGCCCGGACCUAAGCCCGAGCCCCCUGGUGAUCCUCCCUCCUUCGCACCGGAUGUCAACAAUCCUCAAAGCGUGGAAACUGCCAUCCGUGCCUACCGCAACACACUCAACGACCACCUUCACCGUCAACUGCGCUAUGAGGACGACAAGCGCGCCUACGACGAGGCUGCUGCCCGUCACUGCGACUACCACGCCCAACUCACCACGUACACUACACGCCUCGCUAACUACACCUCCGACAUCGCUGCGUGGCGCAUUGCUGACCGUCGAGCUCUCGCCAUCCUCCUCGCCACUAUCCCCUCCUCCCUCAAGCGAGAACUCUCACCCACCUCCUCCUCCCACCUGUGGCAACUGCUUGUUGACCUCUUUGACCGGCAGGACAUCGCCACCCUCUAUGCCCUCAUCAAGGAAUUUGGAUCCAUCACCAUGGAUUCCACUACCGGCGCAGCCGCCUUUACUCGCCGCGUCCUUGACCUUGCUCGCCGCCUUGUAGCACUUGGUGUUACCUACCCUGACACCGUCAUCUGCUGCCACCUCCUCGAAGGCCUCACUCCUGCCUUCGAUGCCCACAAGCUGGCCUACAUGCAACUCCUCUCCAAACAUGACACUCCCGCUCAAGUUGCCCAGUGGAUUAUCACCACCGAGGCAGAAAUCCUUCGCCACUCCUCCUCCACUGCCGCGGUAGCACAGCAGCGCAGCGGCAAAGGCGGACGUGGAGGGGGGCGUGGAGGUGGGCGUGGAGGUGGUCGAGGCGGCUCUGGCGGUCGUGGUGAUGCGGGUCGUGGUGCAGCAGCGGCCUUCCCACCCUGUCAGUAUCUUCCCCUUUAUGGCCCCACCCGAGGCCAACGCUGCAACCAAACCACUCAUGCAACUGAGACGUGCUUCAAGGCACUCAGCGAUGAGUGGUGGUAG